AUGGACCACAGGAGGAGACCUGCUCCGGGAAUCUUGCGUCUUCAAGUCCUAUUCCUGCUUUUCCAUACAAUUGCUCAGAUCAUGGCAGAACAAGAAGUUGAAAAUCUCUCAGGUCUUUCCACUAACCCUGAAAAAGAUAUAUUUGUGGUGCGGGAAAAUGGGACAACGUGUCUAAUGGCAGAAUUUGCAGCAAAAUUUAUUGUACCUUAUGAUGUGUGGGCCAGCAAUUAUGUCGAUCUGAUCACGGAACAAGCUGAUAUUCCGCUUUCCCGAGGGGCUGAAAUGAAGGGCCGAUGUGGGCACAAUGAAUCCGAGUUGCAAGUUUUCUGGGUCGACAAAGCUUAUGCCCUCAAAAUGCUAUUUGUAAAGGAAGGUCACAACACCUCUAAGGGCCUGGAAGCUUCCUGGAGACUGAGCAAAGUUCAGUUUGUUUAUGAUUCUUCAGAGAGAACAUACUUUAAAGAUGCUGUCAAUCCUGGGAAGCACACAGCCAAUUCUCAUCGCCUAUCUGCCUUAGUCACUCCAGCUGGGAAAUCCUAUGAGUGCCAAGCUCAACAGACCAUCUCCCUCACCUCCAGUGAUCAUCAGAAAACUGUUGCUAUGCUUCUCUCAUCGGUCCACAUCCAGCCCUUUGAUAUUAUCUCUGACUUUGUUUUCAGUGAAGAACACAAGUGUCCUGUUGAUGAGAGGGAGCAACUGGAAGAAACUUUGCCUCUGAUUUUGGGACUGAUCUUGGGCCUGGUUAUUGUGAUAACACUCACAAUUUACCAUAUACAUCACAAACUGACAGCCAAUCAGGUGCAGAUUCCAAGGGACAGAUCUCAGUACAAACACAUGGGAUAGGGGAGGCACCUAGCCAGGCUCUAGCCACUGCAAGCCGUUAUCAGCUAGUGAAAGCUCAAGGACCUACAAUGCCCUCCUCCUUCAUUCACCCUAGGACACACCAAUAGAACUGCUGCAUAUCAGCCAACACAGUUUGGAAGCUCAGCAUGUGUUCAUGCUUAAUCCCGGUGGGUGAAAAUUCUCCUCUCUGAUUGUAAGGGUGAACAUCAGCCCUUUCACCUGUCCUUUCUCCGUGCAGGGAAUUUCCUUGGGAAGUCAGCCAGUGUUCAUGUUUUUCUGGCAUUGCUUUGAUUUACCUAGGCUACCACAGGAGAGUCAAGGAACAACAUAUCAAACUGAGAGGAGAGUUUAGCCUUACAAA